UACUGGCUUGUUCGUCAGACUCCAGCACGUUUCAGCGUAAACGGUGAUAAGUCUCGUACAAACAACGAGGUAGAAAACUGGAAUAGAUGGUUUAAUGCCCGUUGUCAUGGACACAGACAAAAUUUCUGGGCUUUUAUAUGUAAUUGAUCCAAUAGUUCUAUUUUGUGUGUGGCCACCUGAUUUAUCAAAUCAUUUAUAGACCAUUUGCAGGAAUGUGAGGAAACUGCAAGGCGGGAUUUUCUGGUCGCUAGUCGUGGUGGGGAAAUUCGUCGCCCAACGCCAAAUCGAUACAUCGUACGGGAUGAGCAAAUUUUGGGAAGAGCAAGAGAUCUUAGUCAAAACUUAAUAACCAUUUACGAAUUUUUGAUGAUGUCUUCUGUAUCUUUUGAACCUUACGACGAGGGUUUGCCAGAAAAUGUACUGGAAGCACCUGCACCUCGUCGACAACGUAGAUUGGCCCGUUUGCAGGGCGAUGGAAGGCAACAGGUUCGAACAAGAGCCGGAGCACUCCGAAGAGAUCAAGGUGAACCGGAGGCUGAUGCUCCUCGUCGCCCAGUUGGACGGCCGCCACGAAGAGAUCGAGGUGAACCGGGGGCUGAUGCUCCUCGUCGCCCAGUUGGACGGCCACCACGAAGAGAUCGAGGUGAACCGGAGGCUGAUGCUCCUCGUCGCCCAGUUGGACGGCCACCACGAAGAGAUCGAGGUGAACCGGAGGCUGAUGCUCCUCGUCGCCCAGUUGGACGGCCACCACGAAGAGAUCGAGGUGAACCGGAGGCUGAUGCUCCUCGUCGCCCAGUUGGACGGCCGCCACGAAGAGAUGGAGGUGAACCGGGGGCUGAUGCUCCUCGUCGCCCAGUUGGACGGCCACCACGAAGAGAUCGAGGUGAUCCGGUGGCAAAUGCUGUUGCGCUUUUAUGCAAAGUUUGUUUAAUAAAUCCCAUAAAUCGAGUUCUUAAUUGUGGCCAUCCUUUUUGCGAUAGCUGCACAAAUCGUCUUCCUCUACGAUCCCCCUGUCCAGUUUGCCGGACCCCUAUUGAAGCUGUGCAAAUAUUUUUUUUGCCUUGAUGUUUCUGUUUAAAUUUUUUCAUUUACAUUGCUGUUGACUCUUUUUUAUUACGUACCAACGUAACAUUACACAAUUUUGACAAUCUAGUGAACUCGUUUUAAUUUUAGCUCUCUAGGAGAUGUAUUG